GUUUGUUGCAUAUUUUUAAAGUUAUGUUUUCAAAUCAAUCUCGACAUGACCCUAUAUUGGAUAAUAAUGGCAUCAGAGGUUCUCAUCUGUGUAACCGCCACAGCCGCGCAGAACAACAGCACAGUGGGUGACGAGCGCUUUGUAACGACCACUGACCAUCAACAGACGCCCAGUGUCGUUAAUCCCGACACACGCGCCAAUAUCAGCAUUGUGAACAUCACAGACAGAGAAAUCAAAGACCUGCCUACAGCGGCCAGCGGAAAUACAAUUGCUGGCAAUAGGGAUGCUUACAGCUCACGGCUUAAACGUGUUGUGUGUAACAUUGAUGCUAGUGCAGCUACCAGAGAUGGAACACGUCGAUUUCUGCUGCACUCUAUGGCACCUAACUAUUGCUCAGAUAUUUACUACAGCUAUACAGAAAUAAGUGAUGACACGGAAAGAUUUAUUCCAUCCAGGUCUAAUCUCCUGCCGCUAAAUGAAAACGAGUAUUUUCCGAAUUAUAUAACUAUUAACGACUUUAAAGUCAAAAUGCCAAAUGUACAAACUUUUCUAACGGUGAUAGAAUCGAGCGGUUUAUCUUACGAGUCAAUCGUAUCUGACGUGAACAAACUGGAAGAUUUUACUCAAGCCUGCCGGCAACACCUUCGGUUGUGGGGAUUUGACGGCCUUGUUAUUCACUGGUUAUACCCGCCAGAGGCCAGGCAGCUUACCACUUUGUUGAGACAUCUGAAAAUGACAUUCUACCGGGAAGUCAUCACAAACAGUUACAGGCUUCAAAUUGGUGUUGUAUUAGCUGGAUUUGUGCAAAACAUCUCGCAGUACUAUGAGGUUGGACUUCUAAACAAUUUUGCGGACCAAAUAACAUUACUAACAUUUAAUCCCGACAUUGAAGACAAGAAUAGAACUCAACUCCUCACACCAUUGUACCCAGCCCGAGAUAACGACCAACCCGUCAGAUUCACCCCACAGACGUCCACACUAGAAGAGGUGUACCGACCAAGUGAGAUGUUUGAAGGCGCCAAGACAAACAAGACAGGAUACAUCGAUAGCCACUACCUGUCUGGGUUGGCCAAACGGUUUGGUGUGGCUAGCAGUUCCUUAAUGAGUCAACAUUCUCUCGCCAAUUUAACUGCGCAAAGCGAAACGAGAGACGACACUGACCGGAGCAUUGGAUCACAUGCCAGUGGCAAGCCAAUUAAAAUGUCCAGACAGAGUCGCCAAACUGAUACGAUCCAACAUAAUACUUUCAGUAUCGAUUCCAUGUUAAAAAAGAUGAUUGACAGUGGAGCGGAUAAAUCGAAAGUGAAUGUGGUGAUUUCCUUGGUUGGGCAAAGUUUCCUUCUAAAAGACAGGACCGUGGCAGGGUUAAAUGCUCCAGCCAUUGGAGUUGGGACUUCAACACUCUCAGAUAAGACAGGACACGUGUUUUACUACGAGAUGUGCCAACGCAUUAAAAAUGGAACUAACAUGAGAGCCUCUUUCAGGGAUCUUACACCUUUCUGGUACUUGGAAAAAGAAUGGGUCACUUAUGAGGAUGAACGAAGUAUAACUCAAAAGAUUGAAUACCUAAAAGAGCAUAACAUAGGAGGUUUGAUGAUAUCUUCUCAAUCCGAAGAUGACUUCUCUGGCGCGCAUUGCAAUAAAGGAAAUUUUCCCUUGUCACGUCUGGCAUACGAGUUAAGUAACUUAGGCGAGAGUGACCUCUGGAAAUGUGAAAAAUGUGAGCAAUAUUGCUCCUCUACACUAUCCAUAUGCUCGCCCAGUUUGAGCUUUGUUGCCUUACUAAUGCUGCUAGCGACUCGAUAAAGGCAGCCCUUGUGCGGGUUUCAUUACUACUGUUUGUUUCUUAUUUAUUUAAGUUUGUUUAUUAAGCUUUUUGUUUCUUUCAAAUAAAACUAGAAUUA